AUGACAAAUACGGUUGCUGAAUUAAGACAUCUCGCCGGGGAAAGCGACGACGGUUCGCUUCAUGACUCCGAUUCCGUCUUUGAUACGGAUGAGGACAUGGAUGAGGAUAUCGAUGAUGAUACGGAUGACGAGUACCCGGGAUUCUUUCAUCCGAUGGGCAAUAUAUCAGCUCCGAGAUCCGGUGGAUCUAGACUCGUACCGGAUCCAAUCGAGCCGCAUCAGCCGGCUAUUCUAGACUAUGACAUUGAUACCUUGGAUGAAUCGGAAAAAUGUAUAAUUUGCUAUUCGCAACGAAAGGAAGCGACAAUUGUUCAUGGGAACACCGGGCAAUUUUGCUGCUGUUUAUCGUGCGCAUCUAUAUUGAAAUCGGGGGGAGAUAAAUGCCCCAUAUGUCGCGCAUCCAUCGAUCUUGUCAUUAGACAAUAUAAUUGA